AUGAAGCAGUUCGACAAACAGUUUGCAGCGAGAUGGGUCGACAACUUCUCCGCAGCCUUCGGAGCAGAAGAUUGGGCGGCGACCAACAAGAUGUUGAGCGACAUGUCUGGUUGGGGCCAGCAAAUUUAUGCCGAUCACAUAAACGCGUCCGAGGCUCUAGACGUGAUUAUCAUUGGCUUGAACCGCUUGAACGUCGCCGUCCCGGCUGGUGUGAAAGUGGCGCGCGAUGCAUUCACUGGGAUCGACUGGCGCGUCGCGACUAUCAGGCAGGCAUCAGUGGCGCCGUCCCUCUCGCGCCGCACCCGCUUGAUCAUCAUAGGCGGCGCCGCCGUCGCGGUCGCGGCGUAUGUCUACCACCGGCGCCGCCGCGCGGCCAAGCGCGCCGAUCUGGAGGCAGUGAAAAGUCUCCUGGCGGGCGGCGAUUCGGCCGUGAGCCUCGACGACGCGGCGGUGACGCCGCAGCGUCGAACGCCGCAGUCGCGGCCUUCGGCCAAGGAGCGGUCCAAGGUGAUGGAGCGGAACAAGAAGCUGCAGGCGCAGAAGCGCGCGGCCGAGCAGGCGCGCGACGCGGCGACGGCCGACGCGGCGCGGGCCCGGGCAGACAACGACCGGCUCAGGGCGGAAAAUGCGCGCCUCGCCUCAAACGCGACGGCGGGCGACGAGCGCGACGCGGCGCGGGCGGAGAGCGAGCGACUCCGGACGGAGGUUGAUAGACUGGGCGCUGAUAUCGCACGCCUUUCUGAAAACGCCGACCAGGCGAGGGUGCGGAUGCAGCGCGCCGACGAAGAGGCCAUCGCCGACCUUCGACGCGAAAACGACGCCUUGCUCGCAGCGAAAGCGGAGCUCGAGAAGCACUCGUGGGACGUUGCACAGAUCGAGAGUGAAAGGGCGGAAAAUUUGGCUAAAGUCAUCGCUCGUGAUGUGCAAAUCGAGCGUCUCCAGGCGGACAAUGCUUCCCUCGUGAUCGAGGCACGCACUCUCGCGGCCGAGCGGGACCUCCUGCACAGGGAGAAUACCUCGCUACUCGCCGAACGCGACGCCCUCGAAGAGAGCGCGCGGCUCGUGCCGGCACCGUCGGCCGGCGACCUGGCCGCGCUGUCUGAUGAGGCGCUCGCGGCCUUCUCCGCUGAGGCCGCGGCUUUGUCGCACGCGCUCGUGAGCGAAGACGCGCGCCGCGCGGCCAUCGCCACGACGUCGACGAACGAGUGCGUCGUUUGCCACGAGCGACCGCUCGAGGUCGCGUUCGGCUGCGGCCAUUUCUGCGCCUGCGACGCCUGCGCGCGCGGGCUCAGCAAGUGCCCAAUCUGUCGCGCGCCCGUGACGGAGCGGCGGCGCAUCUAUGCGUCGUAG